UUUGACCAGAGAUGGUUAAAGACUCUCCUCCUUCACAAACAUCACACAAAAAAAGGAACACACACAAGGGGCAAAGCAGAUAGAUAAAGUGAGAGAAGAGAGAGAGCACCGUGUGUGUACGGGGAGAACACCGUGUGUAUACAGAGAAGUGUGAAGGCAAGAUUGAAUUGGUAACUAGAACUGUGGGAAUAGAGAGAAGUGAAGAGCAAAAUUGAAGUUUAGAUGAAGAAAUUUGGUGGAGAAAUGGGAGAGAAGUAGUUUUUAUGGUGUUAGUGUUGCUUCUGUGUGUGUAACCGUGAAGGUUAGAAAGUUUGUUUAGAGAGAGAUAGUUUGUUUUAGAGAGAGAAAGUUAGUUUUAGAGAGAGAAAGUGGAGAAAUGGUGGAUUGGAGUUGGAUUGUUUGUGAAAUAAAGUUAAGUUAUUGUGUUUGAAGGUGAUUAAGAAGAGAUCUAAAGUAAGAGAAGGAAAGAUUGUGAUAAUUCUAUGGCUUCUUCAGAGAUUUCAGCGAAAGCUAACAGUGGAAACAUUAGAGGAGGAGGAGAGAGCUUCACUUCUGGUUACAGUGAAGCCAUGGAAGGGCAGAAAAAUCAUUCUACUCAUCCAAGUUCAGCUAGAGUUGUAGAUGCUGAAACGGCGCUGUAUAAUGAGCUAUGGCAUGCUUGUGCUGGUCCUUUAGUGACUGUACCUCGUGAAGGAGAUCGUGUGUUUUAUUUCCCUCAAGGACAUAUAGAGCAGGUGGAGGCAUCAACGAAUCAGGUAGCAGACCAGCAGAUGCCGCUGUAUAAUCUUCUACCGAAGAUCUUAUGUCGUGUGGUUAAUGUUCAGUUGAAGGCUGAACCAGAUACUGAUGAGGUGUUUGCGCAAGUGACUCUGCUUCCUGAGCACAACCAAGAUGAGAGUGUGUUGGAGAAGGAGCCUCCUCCACCUCCACCACCGCGAUUUCAUGUACAUUCAUUUUGUAAAACCCUGACUGCUUCGGAUACCAGUACUCAUGGUGGAUUUUCGGUUCUUAGAAGACAUGCAGAUGAAUGUCUUCCACCUUUGGAUAUGUCAAGGCAGCCUCCAACACAGGAAUUGGUUGCCAAGGAUUUGCAUGGAAAUGAAUGGCGUUUCCGACACAUUUUUCGGGGCCAACCACGGAGGCACUUGCUUCAGAGUGGAUGGAGCGUGUUUGUUAGCUCCAAAAGGCUUGUUGCGGGUGAUGCGUUUAUAUUUCUAAGAGGUGAGAAUGGAGAACUUCGAGUUGGUGUUAGACGUGCAAUGAGACAGCAGGGUAAUGUUCCAUCAUCUGUCAUAUCCAGCCACAGCAUGCAUCUUGGGGUGCUUGCUACAGCAUGGCAUGCUGUUUCAACGGGGACCCUGUUCACUGUUUAUUACAAGCCAAGGACAAGUCCUGCAGAGUUCAUUGUCCCCUUUGAUCAAUACAUGGAGUCUGUCAAGAAUAAUUAUUCCAUAGGGAUGAGGUUUAAAAUGAGAUUUGAAGGAGAAGAAGCUCCUGAGCAAAGAUUUACUGGCACUAUUGUUGGAAUUGAAGAUGCCGAUCCCGGGAGGUGGAAGAAUUCUAAAUGGAGGUGCCUUAAGGUGAGAUGGGAUGAAACUUCUACCAUGCCUCGGCCAGAGAGAGUUUCACCAUGGAAAAUUGAGCCUGCUCUAGCACCUCCUGCACUAAAUCCUCUUCCAUUGCCCAGGCCUAAAAGGCCUCGAGCAAACAUGGUGCCCUCAUCCCCUGACUCCUCAGUUCUUACUAGAGAUGGUUCAUUCAAAGUAACUGCAGACCCUCCAUCAGCAAGUGGAUUUUCAAGGGUCUUGCAAGGUCAAGAAUUCUCGACCUUGAGAGGCACUUUUACAGAGAGCAAUGAGUCCAAUGCUGCUGAAAAGUCUGUUAUGUGGCCAUCCUCAGCAGAUGAUGAGAAGAUCGAUGUGUUAUCUACUUCAAGAAGAUUUGGAUCAGAGAGGUGGAUGUCCUCUGCGAGGCAUGAACCAACCUGCACAGAUUUGCUAUCUGGCUUUGGGACAAAUUCUGAUUCAUUCCAUGGGUUUGGUGCCCCGUUUGUUGACCAAACUGCCGUGGCUGCUAAUCCAACGAAGAAACACUUGUCAGAUCAAGGGCAGUUUAACUUGCUUGCCAGCCCGUGGUCCAUAAUGUCCUCGGGUCUCUUGCUAAAGUUGUCAGAGUCAAAUACAAAGGUUCCAGUACAAGGCAGCGAUGUAACAUAUCAAGCACGGGCAAAUGUGUUUAGUGAGUAUCCUGUGCUUCAAGGUCAUAGAGUUGAGCAGUCGCAUAAAAACUGGAUGAUGCAUCCCCCGCCAUCUCAUUUUGAUAAUCAUGCUAAUUCGAGAGAGUUAAUGCCCAAACCUGUUUUGAUGCAAGAACAUGAUUCUGGAAAAUCCCUGGAAGGAAACUGCAAGCUCUUUGGGAUUCCUUUGAAAAUUAGUAAACCUGUUGCACCAGAGGCAGCAGGGACCACAAUCACGAUGAACGAACCACUGAGUCAUAUCCAACCUGUGAGUCACCAACUUACAUUUGAAUCUGAUCAGAAGUCAGAACAAUCCAAAGGUUCGAAGAUGACUGAUGAAAAUGAAAACGAGAAACCAUUCCAAGCUGGUCAUUUGCGAACAAAGGACAACCAUGGAAAAGCACAAAAUGGCUCAACCAGGAGUUGUACGAAGGUUCACAAGCAGGGGAUUGCACUUGGUAGGUCUGUUGAUCUUGCCAAGUUCAAUAACUAUGAUGAGUUGAUUGCUGAAUUGGACAGGCUGUUUGAAUUUAAUGGUGAAUUAAUGGCUCCCCAAAAGAAUUGGCUGAUUGUGUACACAGACGAUGAGGAUGAUAUGAUGCUUGUUGGAGAUGAUCCCUGGCAGGAAUUUGUUGGCAUGGUUAGGAAGAUAGUUAUUUACACCAAAGAGGAGGCACAGAAGAUUAAACCAGGCGCCUUGAAUUCAAAGGGCGUUGAGAAUCCAAUGGAUAUGGAGGGUGAGGAUGAUGCCAAGGAAGCCAAACAUCUGCCACUUCCUUCAGCAUGUAGCCCUAUGAAUUGUUAGAUUUGUCUCUUUUGAAUUUUAGGUUUGGGUACUGGCAGCUAGAGAGUGCAAUGGUCACAUAUCAGUUGGUAUUUGGUAAGAAUGAGAUGGAAGCCACUCUACGUAUUGCAGGAUGUGAAGUUUGCUGGUAUCAGAAAUAGAUGCAAGAAUGAUAUAUAAUCCAAUUUUGGACCUUUUAUGGAGUUAGUAUUGUAUGGUGUCCAGUUAUACAUAAAUAUAUAUACCCGUAAUGUCUAGCGAGGCAAUCAUUAUCCUUGCUUUUCUCCAAAUCAUCCCACCUUGUACAUAACUAUCUUACCUUCACCCAACCACUUUAUGUAAGUAUAUGUCUAUCCAUCAUCUAAUGGGUUUUCGGGCAAGUCUAGCUCAUCUUCCAA